AUGCACAAUCCUUCAAAGGGUAUUUCCUCAUCCGCCCUCCCUUACCGUCGCAACCCACCUUCAUGGCUCAAGGCUACUCCAGAGGAUGUUAAGGACUUGAUCAUUAAGCUCGCUCGUAAGGGUCUUUCACCUUCUCAAAUCGGUGUCAUCCUCCGUGAUCAACACGGUGUUCCACAAACCCGUUUCGUCACUGGUAACAAGAUUCUCAGAAUCCUCAAGUCUCAAGGUUUGGCCCCUGAAUUACCAGAAGACUUAUACUGUCUCAUCAAGAAGGCCGUCUCCGUUCGUAAGCACCUCGAGCGUAACCGUAACGACAAGGACUCCAAAUUCCGUCUCAUCUGUAUCGAGUCUCGUAUCCACCGUCUUACUCGUUACUACAGACGCGCCCAAGUUGUUGCACCAACCUUCAAGUACGAAUCUCAAACCGCUUCCACCUUAGUUGCCUAA